AGUUGUGCGGCUGCUUGCUCUCGCUAGUGUCGAGGAGAUUGCGUGAAGGGGAUUGUGUAUGUUUCAGUCUUCGCUCAUUGUGCAUGUUUGGUGUGUUUGUUGUGAUAUUUACACGUAGUGUUUCGUCUGGCAAUACCUCUACACCAGUGCGUGCACGUAUUCAACAUAUCUUGACUUCACCCUGCGGAGUACAACGGCUUGCCAGUGCAGUAAAUGGUGUUGUGUACUGGUGAAAGUGAUGAGCAUGCAGUGUCGUUCUGCUCGUUUAUAACUCGUUCAUAUUCAGUUUGGUCUGUUAUCCCAAUGAACGGAAGCUGACAGCGAUGACCACCGUAAGGCUGCUGAGCAAUUCUGAUCUGUUUGGAUCGCCCCACCAUCUCAAUGGCAGCAGCGGUUACAAUAGCCUACCCAGAGACCAUGGUUCCAUGCACAAGAGUGCGCUCGUGGUGAGCGAUGGUGGCCGAAGUGGAAGCCUCAAGCUGCAACAAGAGCAACCGCACUUGGUUAGCCUCGGAGGCAGCCGUCUCAGCACCACCGUUACCAUUCACCCACUGCCACUUGGCAAGACACGAAUUGGUCGAGCAGAGGCUCCUCCACGGCCAGAUAUUGUGCAGGAUAUAACUAUUGAAGGAAAGGGCAUUGAAGCUGACCACUGCUACAUUCUCAAUGACUCUGGCAAGGUGACACUACACCCUUUACCAGGCAAGCUUAUCUCUCUCGACGGCAUGACUGUCACACAACCGACCAGGCUACAUCAAGUGGUUUCCUGUUUUUGUUCCAAAUCGGCCGAGGCGGAAGACACCUGUGGCACAAUCUGCGUGGGCAGGUCCAAUUUUUUUCGGUUCAAUCAUCCUGAAGAGGCCCACAAUAUGAAACAAGCAUUGCCCAACACAAGACUCUCUGGAAGCACAACUGCCUUUUUCCCAGUGACAGAACCACCAGGCCGCUUUCGUGAAACUCCUCCGUCAAGAGCAUCACCUCGCACAUUCGACGUUGACAACAACGUGGACUUCGUAGACAAAGUGUCAAAGUUUGAGCUUCUGUCUCACAGCAGCCGUUCCCCUCCUGUUACCUCAACAGACAACCCACGGUGGUUUGUGCGUGAUGGGAUACGGUCAACACCUCCAUCUCGAGCUUCAUCGACAACCCCAUUGCCUUCUUCCCCAAAGUCACCCCGCCUAGUCGCCACACAACACUCGGGCCGUUGCACUCCUUCGUCUCCUCGCAUCACACGCAAGAGUCUCGAAGACAUUCGAGCAUGCGAGGAAGAACUUGCUCAACAACACCGCAGGGCAGUGGCUGAGCGGUUACGUGAUCAGGAACAGGAGCGACAGGAACGUCACCGUCUAGAAGAGAUCCUGUCCUUGUGUGCAGAGUAUGAACGUCGCUCACAUGAUUCUAAUCACAGACUGUCACCAGACUCGAACACUGAAGAUGCCACGUCUCCACCUGCCAGUGAGUCUUCGCCACCGCGGGAAGAUGACAAGAGCUCUUCUGACCCCUCAGAGUCGUCCGUGACCAGCGUUACAACAGAGGACAAUAAACGAAAUGCUGAUAAUGCUGACAGUAAGGAUGCUGCGGCAACAAAAUCUGGGCAACAGCCUCAAGUAAUACAUAAUGUACUGCCAGAAAGUGUUCAGGAGACUGGAACAAAAGUGGCAGCUACUACAGCUAUCAAAACGCCAGAACAGCUAGUGAACACAACAGGGCCACCCGAGCCUGCACCACGCACAAUUCGAUGCCAGCCUGCAGAGCUUGCAGGAAGCCACUACCACAACAGAAUCAAGACGAAUGGUUCACUCACUGCUGCAGUGGCUGCUUCAGGAAUAGAAACUGACUCUAAAUGCAAUGGGAGACGAGAAAGCUGUGGGACGGCUAGUGACAUGUUACUGGCAGUUGGCAAGAGGCCCCUUAAUGCUACAUCAUCAGAAGAUGAACUCACAAACAUACUAGGUGGAGGUGGUUCCUCCAAAUCGAGCCCGCGCUCGGAAACAGAUGGUACUGUAGGCGUUGCAGACAACGCAGCGCCGCGACCGGCACCUGAGCUGUCCCCUAUUAUUCCGCCUACAAGUCCAAUUGGGUCACCACGUCCCCGAAUUCGCACUGUUCCACCAACAGCUGCGGACAGUAACCGUGCUGCUUGGCCAUCAUUGCAAAAUACCUGGACAGACGAAAGCAUGCGUCGUCUUCCUGAGCGUGGCGGGUCUCUAAACUUCGGAAAGGGAUCUCUGGACAGGCCUCAGGUCCCAUUACGGAGGGCAAGGUCUACUUCAGACGACAUGAGCCUCCUGAGGAGGCAAAGGGAAGGGUCUCUUCAUCAGAUCGCAAAACUGAAGACUGAUAUUAUCACACUGGAAGCUCGUGUCAGUGAAGGAAUGCGAGAGCUUGAACUAGAGCACGCCUUGGUGACUGGAGAGCUGAGCGAUGCACAGGGCUGCCAGAAGGAGGACCUAUUGGCUCUCGAAGAGCUGCAACAGGAAGAGAUGAUGCUGACACGGCGCAGGGAACAUGACAGAGAGCAGGAACGUCUUGAAUUAGAAUCGCAUGAGAAUCGCAUUGCCCACUGGGAGCAAGUGCAACACGCCUUGCUAGCAGAGCUAACAACGAACAGCCGUGGACGUUCACGUAGUGAGGUGGAGCAGGAGUAUCGCUGUGCUCUAGAAGCCUUGGAAGCUGAACGGAGGGCAUAUGAGGACAUAGAGUUUGGUCAGCUGGAACAAGAUGCUCACAUGGAAGAGGAACGAGAAGCCGUCCUUUUACGCUCUCAUACACUACGUGAUGCCCUAAGGGAAAGGCAGAUCAAGAUUAGAGAGUUGAUGGAACAACAGAAAGCUAUAGCCAUGCAAAUUGAACAGGAAAAAUCAAUCUCAGCGCUAGACAAGCAGUUGAUCCAGACUGAGCUCACACGAGAACAGCGGAAGCUUGAUGCCUUGGACCAGCAGCUGAGAGAUCUCAUGCCUCUGAAAAGCUCAACACAUGUAGUGGAUGACAGCAGCUCGUCCUCGGACUCAGAAUGUGACACCGUCUUCAAGCCUGCUACCCAAAGUCACUGGAACAAUAUUCACCUACACAUGGACUCAUUGAGAAUACCUGGAAACGACUCAAGCUUUCUGAGUGUAGAAGAAUCCGAGUCCUCCAGCAUUGUCAGCAGCAGCGACAUGCCAAACGAGAGUGUAAGCAGCAGCAGCGACGACCGCAGUCGACCCACCAGCGAACACGCGCCUACGCACGGAGCAUUGCAGGUUCAUCAGCAGGAGCGCAGCCAGGCCCUCGAAGAAGGAUCUUUAUUGCUUCCACGUUCAGGUGACGAUGCCAUCCAUCAAGAGAUAAGGCGUCGAGAAAAGCACAAGGCACAGCGUCCACUAACACGAUACCUGCCAGUGCGUGGGGCAGAGUGUGACCUGCGCCAGCAUGUGGAGUCAGCAGGUCAUCAGGUGGAACUAUGUCCACAUGUGCGAAUAACAUCCUCCUCUUGCUGCGGCUAUCUCCAUAAGUUGAGUGGACGCUGGAGGUCAUGGAAACGCCGUUGGUUCCUCUUCGACCGAAGCAGACGAGCACUCAUCUACUUCUCAGACAAGACACAGACAAAGCUGAAGGGUGCUGUACCUUUCCAGGUAAUAGAAGAAGUCUAUGUGGAUCACCAGCACCAGCAAGGAAGUGGCAAGAAUGCAUUAGUAGGGUUCUGCGUGAAGACGCGAGAGCGCACUUUCCACCUUGCGGCACCAACGCCUGAGGCCAUGCGCAUCUGGGUGGAUGUUAUAUUCACAGGAGCAGAGGGCUACCUGGAAUUUAUGCCGGACGACCCUUUACCCCCACGCAGGACAUAAGCCGGAUGCUGCUCAUGAGGGUACAUUGAUGGACAAGGUAGUCUCGGGUGGACAUGGAAUUCUCCACGUGUGGCUGGAUCAUCCAUCGCAAGUGAAGUUAGCACCCCGUUACUGGAGUAUUUCUCGGCAGCAAAGCCAGCCUCUUUGUUACCACAGCGCUCAUUGCAUCAUAUCACAAUGCAUACUUAUCGCCCAGGACGGUAAAUACCUACUCCUAUAAAUGAGCAGUUGCACUACCUUAUACAUUGGACCACACUGUCGUAUUGUUGCACAUAUCAUUGUGUGUAUGAACAUUUGUUUUUCCUCUUCUAACAGUCAUUUUUAUGAAAUGAUACCUGCUCCAGAGUGUCUCCAUAAGGGACAACCAAGUUUCAUGUAACACCUGUCGCAUUAGGUGAAGUUUGUGUUUGGAAAAUAGUUAGUUUCACUUCGUAAUAUGCAGGUUUGGAACAGCUUAAACUGUGUUAGUGACAGAAAACUAUUUUGUUUCCUUUUUCAUUAAAUUUUGACUUCUAGUUACAGUUUCAUAUAUGAUAGAUGUGUAUAGUGCGUAUAGCUGCUUCACUCCAUGAAAUGCUUUACGGCAUACCUUGAUUCACUUGCACAGUUCAAAGGUCAGCAUGAGCAACUUAGAAGUUAUACUAUGUGUAGCUAAUUUCAUAAUUUGAGGACUUGAGAUACUGUACCAAUGUAAAAUGUUGACAGCAUGAAUCUCGAACUGCUGUGCUAUUUAAAUAACAGGAACUGCAGUGGUUCCUUUCACUGAGCAGAACUCGGUGCACUCACGUAGAUGAGGCACCAACGUGGCUAAGCAGCACAUCAAGUUCGUCGUAGUUCCUUCCUUGCCAACACCGUUUCAUAAACCACUCUAGUCCAGUACAAAUAUUGAUUAUUUCACAACGCUGUCAGAAAACUUGUGGUGAUACCUACACCCUUCAAAGUCUGUUCCAAGAAAGUCAUUUAUAAUGCAACUUGCCAAUGUACAAUACAUGUAGGAAAGACAUGUUGUUAACGUCCACAUGAAGGUUAUUAUCAGUACAACUUUACAAGACUGUGUACUGCUUACUGACUGGAAAGCGUUAACUUAUUCGUGUGGUCAGGUAUACAGCGAAGAAGUGGUGCCACUGUAGUGGGGGUGGACUUAGGUAGGCUUACUGACGUUUGCAUUUGCGUCAACACUGGUUGUGGUUUGUGCCUGCAUUUUGUGGUUUUUCCCGCUGCCAAGUUCUGUGCUGUGGAGAAAGGGCUUACACCAUAGUGCAGGAAUCUGAGGUACUUGAGUCUGCAGCACUUGUAUUAGCCAAACAUUAUAAUGAUUGGAUAUUCAUACACUUUAAUUUUAGCAUCCAACUUGGAGAGCAGCACAAUCUGUAACAGACUGAGGUGGCCUCUUUCGAGUUUAUCCCAGACAGUUUGGGAAAGUAACCAUGACAUAACCUGUUACAGUCCACUUGGGAUCUAUCCCCUUGAUGGCAAAUGUGCGGUACCUUCACUCACAGAAAGGUGAUUUCUUUUUCUGAGAACUGAUAUUAUGGGCUGCAAUGCACUGGUGUACAACAUCAGUAUGACAUUGUGUGUACAUGCUUUACAUGACAAAAUGCUGCCAUUGAAAAGCGUGCUGCAAAGGAAUAGUUCCAUCGCAAAACAGAAAACUAUGAAAUUGUGUCGUGUUCUUCACUUGAGUUUCUGAUAAAAAGUAAUAAUUGGAGAGGUGGUUUUCAAAAUGAGGGAAGGUAUGUUUUGCCAAAGAUAAAAUAUGUGGCUGAAGGAUGAAUAGCAGGUGGUGCCAUGCCCUAAACCACUCCAUGUCCACGCAAAAUUACAGGAUGAACAAAUUAGUGGCAAAAUGUGUGAAUAAUGCACGCGCGUUACAUUAAAAAAUAAACUCCUAGUGCGGGGGAACUAAAAGAGAGACGGACAACACACAGCACUGACUGACAAACAUGUGCAGUCGCUUUCUCACUAAGAAAAACAUGACUUGGCUCAAUUUGGAAAUCACCUCGUUUGGUGAUAAUUUGCAGGCACAUUCAUUUUCUGUGUGUAGCACCUGCCAACCAUAUGUCCACACUGUAUGGUUGAAAAGAGCUCAUACACUUAGUAUUUUUGUGUCCUUGUUGCAUUAAGACCAGAAGUUGGCUCGUUGUAGCUAACACACUUGAAGAUACCGCCACGGAAGGAUAGUGUGUCUAGAGAAAAUGUUAAACAUUGUGAAAAGUAUGACACAGUUGCUUCAGUGAACAGUUCACAAAGGUAUAGCCCUACUGAUGCUCUUGUAGUACAUCGAAGAUGUCAAUAACAGUGUUUCAGUCAGCAUGCAGCAGGUGCUUUAGUUGACCCACUUUCUGAUGUGGCAGGUUACACUUCAAAGCAGGUGGUCGUGUGACAAGUGCUGUUGUUUGUACUUUGGGCAACAACAAAGUUAUUAACUUCUCUGCAUCGGCCAAGGUGACAGGGCUUUUGGUAUCACAUGACUCUCAUGCAGUGUCCUCCCAUGAGGGAACUGUUUAAAAAGUCGUGCUGAUGAUGAAGUCGAUGUCAGAGUUCUGAGCACAUCUUGUUUAAUACCGUUGUCAUCACCAGUCCUUCCUCACCACCAGUUUUCCUCGGGCUGUAUAUUGCUGACGUCAGAUAUACUGGAUGUGCCAAUGAUUUGGUGUAACACUUCACAAUCGUAAGGGAGAAAUUUGAGUGCUCACUGUGAAAGAAGCCUAAAUUUUGAGCAUGACAUCAGGAUUAUCACAUUUGCUGGUUGUAUUUUUCGAGUGUUCUCAAAUUUAUGUGUGGUACCUCUUCCGUUGAUUGAGUGAUCUUCUGCACGAGACCCACACUCCAUUUUGACAGGCCAAACAUCUUGGAUUCUCUACAAGGUGUACUUGUUAUUACAAUCUUACUAUUGUUUAGAGCAGACAAGAACAGAAUGAAAUAUAGAGACAAAUAUCAUACAAGUGUUCUUCUUUACCAGUGUGCACAGCUGCGAUCACUAUUUUUCUUUUACCUUUUACAAGGCACACUUUCACUGGGGCGAACGAUGGGUCUACCAUCUGAGCACUCUUUAAGCAUCUAAGUCAAAACAAAAGAGCAGCCACAUGCUGCUUAUACGUAGUCAUUCUUGCACUCGCAGUUGUAGAGAAGCGAGGCAUGGGUGCUUGUACAAUGUACGAAAUGAGUGGAUGUGUUUCAUUCUGUACAUAGGUGAGAAUGAACAUCAAAUGACAUGUUUUCCCAAGUGUAUGAUAGCUUCCUGUUGCGGGCAGUGAGUGUGUAUGGGUGGGUAGGCGGCUCUCCUGGAGGCGUACUGAAAGAACAGCUGCUUGUCUCGAUCAUGGUGCCUAGUAUAUAGUGGUUGACAUGGUUAUUCACAACUUUGAGCAGAUCACAGUGAGUUGGAACUUAAAGAUGUUGGUGGCACCUUUACUUUUCUCUUAAGAUGGUUAGUUAUAUCAGCCACUGGUGGCCGAUACUCCAUCUAAGCUCUUUUCUGGGUGAUUGUGUUUUGUCUGGCUUUAUUUACUUCACUUUUUUUUUUUAGUUUUGUCAGCUAUGGAGUGCACGAUGUUCCAUUUUGUCGCAUUCUUCUGGAUAUAUAUUUGUGCGUCUUGUGAUCUUGUCGACAGUGUCUUGGUUAUGUUUACUGCCCAAUUUAUUCAUGACUGCAACUGAUUCCAUCAAGCAUCACUCGUUUGACACUGGAAGCUCUAAAUGAAUAACUGGGGUUCAGGGUUUUCUCUGAUGUACUGAAUGUGUUUGUAUGUUACAAGUACUAUAGAUCUUGUACUAGCUCUUGUAGCUGUAGUACUAAGUACACAACCUCAGUUACGCAGUUUGUCCUUCGACACCGCAAAUUGUGCAGGUGCACUGCUAAGGACAACGUUGUGAAGAUUGAGAUACUUACCUCAUAUGAAGCCUAUUGCAAGCAUACAGUUUUGGACCGGGAGCCACAAAACAGUCUACCACGCUUAUACACUGUGAAGUGUUUGUUCUUCCUUUUUUCUUUAAGUAAUACAGAUUUUUAAUAAAAAAUUUAUGACAGCACCACAGAUAUAGUUUUUUUGCAAGUGGAUUUGGGUCAGUCGGACAUUCUGUGCAAUAGAGAUGAUGAUUAAAUGCCUGAUGAUUGAUUAUCUAACAUUUGUUAAUCAACUUCGUAAUUGGAGGUUUUCUGGCAUAUGUUAGAUUUGGAGAAGUGGGGACAGUCAUUUCCAACUUCCGAGAAAUUUUUGUACGUGGUUUGCAAUACACGAUCUUGUGUGUCUCAGAGUAUGUGCUUAUUUCAAACUGCCUAAAAAACACUUAUAAUAUACAUGCAUUGAUUGAUAUAUAUAUAAUUGAUUUAUGAAUUUUAGCUCUUUAUUUAUCUUAUAGUUGCACACUCUGUUGUAUUCAAUGUUCACCUGGCCACAUAACCAACCUGCAAAAACAGUACCUGUGCGGCUCUCACAUAUAUUUCAUGAAAAAUUUGUAUUGCUUAAAAAAGAAGAAACACCUCAUAGAAUGGCCUUUGGUAGUUCUGCUACUACAGUGACAUGGUUUCAGAGGUGGUUGCAUCAGUUAACCUGUAUUAUUAACCUGUUCCGUGAAGAAGACAUUGAUUGUUUUCCUGUCACUAAGUGGUGACGGAUUUUAUUUGAUACCUGUAGGUCACAAAACGGUUUUCUACAUGCUACUUUGUGAAACACGUUCUUUGUGAGUAGUUACCGCUCUUGUGUACAGUAAGUGUUUUAUGUUGUGAAACUGCUUGUAUCUUGUGACAGACACAGUCAAUGUGGCAUCAGCAUUCACAUGCUCAGUUUACAAGUAGGGCAUUACUUCAUUGUAUUGAACUUUUAAUGUGCAUUUACUCUUGGUUUCAUUCAUAUGACAAGCUGUAUCUUUAUUAGAAUUCAUUAAACUAUUGUUGCUACAGCGUA